ACAGUGAAUGCGGCAUAAUCGUGCAGUGUUAUUGAUGCGUUCCUCACACUGACGUCGCUCUGUAUCGGCUGUGCAACAAACGGACUAGAACAAUGAACAGAUAAUUAUAUUUUAAGGAUGACUGGCACCGCAGGAGGUAAGUUCCAAUUUGGGUGGACUAUAAAGGGAUGCUCUGCAGUUUAAUCUUAGCUGUCUUCCUGGUCUGGGCCACAUCAAGCGCACACACCACUGGUCGGCCCUGCCAGUGUUCAGCUCUCCUUCCUGAGGGUCUGCGGGUCAACUGCAGCUCUUUAGACCUGGUGGAGCUGCCCACUCUGCCCUCAGACACCACAGAGCUCCAUGUUCAGGACAACCGGCUCACCUCAGUGUCUCCCGGCCAUUUUGACAGACUGGUUGCUCUGAAAAAGGUCUCACUUUCAGGAAACCCCUUCCACUGCGACUGUAGGAUCCAAUACCUGAGGAGCUGGUUGCUGAGGAACAGGGCCGUUGUCUUAAAGGAGCCGAUAUGUGCCGGCCCAGACUCUGUGGCUCAGAAAGCCGUCACUGAACUCAGCGAUGAAUACUUCUCCUCCUGUGUGCUGCUGGCAGUCUGUACUGAUAGUACUUAUAACACUGUGAUAGGAGUGAUGCUAUGCUUCCUCAUUCUUCUGCUUCUGUGGAGCUUGAGACUAGCAAAAACAUCCAGCUUCACACUGUACAUAUGUGAGAGACAUUUAGGAUUGGAGGCUGACUCUUUGCGCUCACUGAGGCCUAAACACAGGAGGAGGCUACACACUGCACCGCUAGAGGUCACUGUGGAUUCUCUCAUUUGUGCGGGGGAACUAGAAAAACCACUCAACAUGGAGUUACUGCCACAAGUACUGGAUGUGUUGCACAAGAAGCACUCUAGAAAGAUAAAGGCUACCUGAGGGACCUACUAUAAUGGAAUUACUGAAACACUAGAGGAGAAUAGAGUUGACGGAAGCACAACGACUGUCUUUGUUUGUUGCAAUAAAGUUGUUUUAAUGCUGAACGGCCACAGCCAUUUCACCUGA